CACGCGUGGGGUCAGGGCACCGUUAAGGACCCAACCGCGGUGGAAGAUGGCGUCCAACCUCAGGAAGUUAAACUUGGCCUCCACCAGUUACAAGAGAAAGGUGGGUCCUAAGCCUGAACUCACCGAAGACCAAAAGCAAGAAGUUCGGGAAGCCUUUGACCUCUUCGAUUCUGACGGGAGCGGGACCAUUGACGUGAAGGAGCUGAAAGUGGCCAUGAGGGCGCUGGGCUUUGAACCCCGGAAGGAAGAGAUGAAGAAAAUGAUUUCAGAAGUGGACAAAGAGGCCACGGGAAAGAUCAGCUUCAACGACUUCUUGGCUGUGAUGACUCAGAAGAUGGCGGAGAAGGAUACUAAAGAAGAAAUCUUGAAGGCUUUCAGGUUGUUUGAUGAUGACGAAACCGGGAAAAUCUCGUUCAAAAACCUCAAGCGUGUGGCCAACGAGCUGGGGGAAAGCCUCACAGACGAGGAGCUGCAGGAAAUGAUCGAUGAAGCUGACCGCGAUGGUGACGGAGAAGUGAACGAGGAAGAGUUUCUUAAGAUCAUGAAAAAGACCAACCUUUAUUAAAGGACUGGCGGGGAUCUGCGCCUCUGCUUUUGUGAAAGUGUAACAGGACAGCUGCUCCCUUUUCCUGCCUCCUUUGUCUUGGUAGUCUUACAAGCCUCUAGAUCAAUUAUAGAUUUUAAAGAUACUAUGUGAGAUCUGCUGUUUAAUUCUCAAGAGCAAACCUCGAUUAAAGGUCUUUGAGUCUGGAGUGCCCUCGCUGCUUGCCAUUUAUUAAACUGAACACAGGAUAUCUCCUUCGGUCGAACAAAACUGUGGUCCUCUGGUCAUUUUAAUGAUUUUUAAAUAACAUGCACACACGGGUAAUUCCUUUAUUUCAAGUCUGUGUACGAGCAUGGUGAGUUAGAAUUUGCCAGGAGGUCAUUCAAGCAAUUGCUUUUCACUUAAGUGGAUACUGGUCUGAAGGAUAAUAAUGUGGCUACUUAAAAACUAUUUAAGUUGAGGGCAGACACUCAAGAAAGCCUUGCUUGCUCUU